CAGGUCAUGACGCGUUUGACCUAAAGUGAAACAUGCGCAGACACAGAGUCCGAGUUAAGUUACUAAACCUGCGAAUGUGGAAACACAGCAAUGAUAAGUGUUAAUUAUAUUUCUAGAUAGUAGCUUUGGAUUUGUAUUAAAGGAGAGGACAUAGCAGCCGAGGGCAGCUUAACCUCGAUGUUGUCGAAACAAAAUGAUAAAAAACUGGGGUGUCAUCGGGGGUGUAGCUGCUGCGGUUGCAGCUGGAGUCUAUGUUUUGUGGGGUCCAAUUACAGAUAGAAGGAAGAGAAAGAGAGGUAUGGUUCCUGGCUUGUUGAACUUAGGCAACACCUGCUUCCUGAACUCUUUGCUUCAGGGUUUGGCAGCAUGUCCGUCUUUCAUCCGGUGGCUGGAGACGGUAAUAGGAUCGCCUCCAACCCAGUCCUGCAAAGACAACAAGCUUUCAACGACACUGCUCCAGCUACUCAAUGGUCUGUCUAGAGACGAGCCGGGGGAGGAAGACUUGCUCGAUGCCGGGUGCCUCCUGGAAGUUCUCCGCCUGUAUCGGUGGCACAUCAGUUCCUUUGAAGAGCAGGAUUCACAUGAGCUCUUUCAUGUUCUUACGUCUUCUCUGGACGAGGAGCGUGAUCGUCAACCAAAAAUCGUUCCCUUGUUUGACAUGCAGUCCCUCGAGAGCAUUCCUGAUCAAGAUGAGAAAACUAUGACCUGCAGAAGCCGAGCCCCUCUUCAUCCAAUACCAAGUCCAUGGAAGUCUCAGAAUCCUUUUCAUGGUUGUUUAACAAGCAAUAUGUCAUGCAAGCGCUGCGAACAGCAAAGUCCGGUGCGGUACGACUCAUUUGAGAGCCUUUCCCUGUCCAUCCCUUUACCUCAGUGGGGUCGACCUGUCUCUCUAGAUCAGUGUCUUCAACAUUUCAUCUCUUCGGAAACCAUCAAAGAAGUAGAGUGUGAAAACUGCACCAAGCUUCAACAAGGGACCUCAGUGAAUGGUGAAGUGCUUGGAAGCCAGAGGACAACGUUUGUUAAACAGCUAAAACUGGGAAAGCUCCCCCAAUGCCUCUGCAUCCACUUACAAAGACUGACGUGGUCCAACGAGGGCACCCCCAUCAAGAGACCGGAGCAUGUGCAGUUUACAGAGUAUCUCUCGAUGGACCGCUACAAACACAACGCUCACACGCACAGAGGUCAGCGGAUCAAAUGUGCUCUGAAUCCCAAAAAGGCAGAAAAGUCCGAUGAUUCCACGGGGAAGCUCUCCGCUAACGGCGCUGGAGCAGAGCAUGGUAACAACAAUAACAAACCUUUUUCCAACGGAACAUUUUCAUCAGUGUUUCUUCAGUCUCCUGGCUUGAACCCACAGCACGGCUUUACAAAGGAUUUCAGUUCUGCAGAGUACCUUUUCCAGCUCACGGCUGUGCUGGUGCACCACGGCGACAUGCACUCAGGACAUUUCGUGACCUACCGCCGCAGCCCCUGCUCAGCCCGAACCUCUUCGCCCUUCAGCUCCCAGUGGCUCUGGGUGUCCGACGACUCGGUACGAAAAGCCAGCCUCCACGAGGUGCUGUCGUCCAACGCCUACAUGCUCUUCUACGAGAGAGUCCGGAGACUGAACUUCGCUCCACGCUUGGAGGAGUAACACCGAACUUCUGCCUUCUCAGUCUCAGCUGUAUGUGCCGGUUACCGUCAGGAGGAUUAUGACUUUGUGACAAUGACACCAGAGAGGAACGUCGUGCUAGAGUUAUCGUAGUGUUUCUCUUGCAUCAUGGAUCCCAGCAACAUGUUGGAGGUCGUUGAAUGGAGCUUUCUGAAUCAGGGUUGGAAGGGCUGGUGAAGUGAGUUUGAAACUUCAUGUGAAAAAUAAUCAAACACUACAAUAUUUAUUAUUUAAUAAGGUUAAUAUUACGUGAAAGGGCCAGUAAAUGUUCAAACUUGACCAGCCAUACAAUAGAUUACCAUUUCUACCAGAUCUAGCAGCCACUGACUAACCAUCAACCCUGGUUUGAUAUUAAAUCCAUGAGUGGACACGUUGCCCCCUCCAGAGCGGGAUGCUCUCAAACCCAAAGAUUAUGGACCUGCAGGAUGUUUUUGUCAAGUGUCUUUGAUCAUGCAAACUAAAAUACUUUGCUAUUGUUACACUUUUUGUCAUGCAACAUUUUGGCUUCAAUAGGACAAAACAUUUGACAAUAUAGUGCACCGUAGUAACAGUAACAGCCCUGCAAAUCAUUGCUCAUGUGUCAAGUUUACUGAACUCUGGCAUUUCUAUGAUGCCGUACGAUGAUAUUCCUGUUAUUGUGUCCACUGCCUGUACGUUACAUACACAGACGUAGCUAAAUUAAGUAUUCCUGGAGAUGUUAUUUAGAAUUUGUUGCAUUAUAUGAUGUCAAAUAGGAUUCAUUUUUACAUAACUGUGAUUUUCAAAAAGUAAUCAUAGCUAGCAGUGUACGUAAAACUAUUGGAUGAAUGUUUCUAUGGACUUUUUUCAUAAGAGGUUGCAUUUGAUAUUUUUCUAUUUAUCCAAGAGUCCUUACAUUGUCAUGAUUUGCAGAGUUGAGGUCAAAGUGCCAUGUUGUCUUUAAUGGUCGAUAUUUUUAACACAUGAAGCCAUGUGUGCUAAAUAUGAUGCAUCAGAGCCAUCUUGCUGGGUAUUGAUGUUAUACGGUUUAUUAAUAAUUUCAUGCUCUCAGUUAAUAUAACUCCAGGUCUUAGGGUUAUCCUGAAUAUUUCUAAUUCUGUGAAGCUGCCGAUUUGCUCCUACCAAACCAACUAAGUCAGAUGGAUAAAUGGCAUGGUUCAGAACCCCUUUUAAUGUUUGCAAUUUGCACUGAUGUAUAUUCAUGUGAGGGUGUGUGUUUUUGCGUGCAAUCUGUUAAGGUGAUUGUUUUCAGGUAUUAAAACAAUAAACAAAUCAA